AUGCGCAGUGUUUCUGUUGCAACAGUGACUGAAACCGUCAGCAUUCCUCAUCAGGGAAACAAAGGUCUUUAGAGAGAAACUGGGAAACUGCACUGUGGAUGUAUGAAACCGACGCAUGUAAGGAUUAAUAUACGAUAUCAAGAGGAUUACAAUAGAAAGUUUGUGGAGAGAAAAACACAAUCGAUACUACGACACAUUUGCGUCACGUGGUCGAGUUUGACCAAUGGGAGCGAACCAUUUCCAACGGAAAGUAUGUUCUUUGUUCGGAUAUUUUGCCAACAUUAAUGUCGUUUUUUAGUUCUUUACGUCUUACAAAACACCCUUUGUACAGACUGAAGUAUUUGUUGCACUAAAUAGGACACGCCGUGGAUACGUCUGACUGUUUUUUGCGGGAUGCCACGUGUUCAAGAUUUGAUGAACAGUCCGCUGUGGGCUAAUUUUAUCACAUGACUCCCCUCCCCCACCCGGCGGAGUGAAUGGGGAAGAAGGCGGACAUGUUUGAGGGAAAUGUGUUGGUUAAAAAGUAUCGAGGUGGAAGACAAGAAGAUUAUUUGGAGAAAGGUUGCGCAUUAUUAUGGGAUUUUUUUUUAUUUUGGCUUUUUAAGUAUUUUUAAUUCAAGUUGUUUGUUUUUUUAAAUCAAGUGUUCAUUCUUACUUUUUUAAAAAUAUUUUUCUUUCUUUUCGGAUAUUUAACUUUCUAUGUAAAUUGUCUAGAUUAUUUUAACUACAUGAAGUUGCUAGAACCUUUUUAAUAAUUUCUAUUCUUUGGAUAUACUGCUCCUUCGUUUAUUUGAGUGACAUUGUAGGGAAUUUGUAACCUUGGUGUGGGGGAUGGGCGCAUGGGGUUAGGUAACCAUUUUGUGUAGUUGUUGAAUUUGAAAAAAAUCGGUUGUUUUUCAGUCUUUACUUGACUUUUAUAUUUCAUCACCUACUUCUGUGUGUGUCAUGGGCAGGAUUUACAGUUGUUUGGUUUUAUUGUUAAUUUUGCCUCUUUAAGUGCUGGUAUUUGCAGGGCUAUGGGUAUUUUUUAUACCGAUGUUAGUAUUGAUCUUGGAUGUUUUUCUUAAAUUGUUGCACAAAUUGUAGUUGUCUGUAGAUGUUAUGGCUGAGAAAUGACCGACAGAGAUGUAGUUUGAGGUCAGGAAUGAAAACUGCUGUGUCAUUCAGUGUAAGUGUGGUUCGUGUGACCAUAGAAACAUUAGCCUGAUCGCGUUUUUCCUUCCCUGUUGAGGAGGCUGCUUUUCCUCCGUUAUAACCUUCUUGUUCAUACCAUUGUAAGCUCGGUCUUUGUUCUCUCACUACUUUACUGUUUGUGGAUCUGAGAGGCCUUGUUCUCAAAUCGGGGCCUUCUGUGUUUAAAGUGAGCCCGGAUUGUCGCAGUUGUGAGUAGACGACACAUGUACCGUUUAGUGUGAUUUGUUUUUUUUACCCUUUUGUUUUGGUUGCCUAAAAACACGACAUAAUUCGUAGUUUAAUUGUACUUAAAGAUGGCGGCUGUUCUCCUCUUUGAGAAACAGAAAUGCGGAUAUUCUGGUAAGCGGAGAGCUCGUGGGGAGAGGCUCUUGGCUCUUAGGGGAUGCGCGUGACCCUGUCGAAGAGCCAAUAGGCUUCUUGGUAUUUACUCUGGAAGCCCGCGUUACAGCCGUACCAACCAAUCCCCGCUGCCGCUUUGCACACGUUGACGUAAUGUAAUAUGAUAAGGAGGAGGGUGUCUUCGUUGCCCUUGCGUUUUGUGGAGGAUUAUGUGGAAAAGCCAGUUACAAACAGUCAUUCUGUAACACGGAAUGGUCUGGGCCAAUAGUAUUGUGGUGUUUCUUUGACGGACAGCAGGAACUUGCGAAUAGGUUGGCUUAGAAGAUUGUCAGUGAAGCGUCAGUAUCUAGGGGCGUGGUGACUUUGACGAACAACGUCAGCAGCGAAUAGAAACUCUGAGGGUGUGGACAGUCUGUGGCAGAGUAGCCAAUAGGGCGAAUAGUUGGUCUAUAAAGGAGCGGGUGUAGUCGCAGCGUCGCCAUUUCAACGAAGCAGAGCGAGGGAGUUUUCUGUGGCGGGGAGCGGAGAAAACUGACGAACAGAGACGGAUCCCGGUCUGACUCUAGCUAAAACAGAAUCCGGAUCCAUCCUGAUGGAUAUGGCUGUAAACCCGCCCCAUGACAGCUCCCAUAUCGGGGUUGAGAUUGGCAUAACGGGACUUACGGCGAUGGACCAGAGUUCUGGCUCAGCUGGAAAACGCAUACGGAAGCCUUCACUGCUCUAUGAGGGCUUUGAGAGUCCUGGGAUGCCUCCCAUCAGCCAGUUAACCCCCACAGGACCCCCACAGCCUCCAGUAAAAGACCCCAGCCGACAGGGGAGGAUGACCAACCAACUUCAGUUCCUACAAAAAGUUCUUCUCAAGUCUUUGUGGAGGCAUCACUUUGCCUGGCCUUUUCAUGAACCUGUAGAUGCUGUUAAACUCAAUCUGCCUGACUAUCACAAGAUCAUCAAAAAUCCCAUGGACAUGGGAACCAUUAAGAAGAGACUCGAGAAUAACUACUACCGCAGUGCCAGUGAAUGCAUGCAGGAUUUCAACACAAUGUUUACCAACUGCUACAUUUAUAAUAAGCCUACAGAUGAUAUAGUGUUGAUGGCUCAGUCUCUGGAGAAAGCAUUUCUGCAAAAAGUGGCUCAGAUGCCCCAGGAGGAGUUGGAGCUGCCCCCUCCCCCUCCACGGGUCAAACCAGGCAAACCUGGCAGAAAAGGAAGAGUCUCAGGUGGAAUUACAACAGCUCAUCAGGUCCCAGCUGUCUCCCAGUCAGCAUAUUCUCCUCCCACCCCAGAAACUCCGGACUCCAUCCUCUCAACCCCCCCACAGACGCUUGUGACCAAGAGUUUGCCCCCUGUCCUUUCUACUGAACAGACCGCCCCUACCAUAACGGGCCUACCUCCAACACAGCCCACUGCGAAGAAAAAAGGUGUCAAGAGGAAAGCAGACACAACCACCCCGACCACUGUUGCGAUGCCCAUCAUGAGCACAAUGGGUGUCAGUGGCAUCAGCUUGGGUAUGGGUGGCGGGCAUGACUCCCCACUCACGCUCACUUCUCUUGGGAUGGAUCACAGCUCUGGCCUGGGGAUGACCCAGGGCCUCGGUCUGGGCCAAGGCAUGGGAAUGGGUAUGGGCAUGGGCAUGACAAUGGGCAUGACAAUGGGCCAUGGAGCAGUGAUGAUGGGCACCAAAGGAGCAGGUGGGGGAAGGAGGGGAGUUAGUGGACGACCGAUCAAGCCUCCUAAGAAGGAUUUACCUGAUUCUAUGUUGCCACCACCGGUGCGCCGCAGCAAACUGGGCCCCCAGCUGCGCUACUGUAGCGGGGUCCUAAAGGAGCUGCUCUCCAAGAAACAUGCAGCUUACGCCUGGCCUUUCUAUAAACCUGUCGACGCCACAACACUCGGUCUCCAUGACUACCAUGACAUUAUAAAGCAGCCGAUGGAUCUCAGCACCAUUAAGAGGAAAAUGGACAGCAGAGAGUAUCGUGAUGCUCAGCAGUUUUCUGCAGAUGUCAGACUAAUGUUCUCCAACUGCUACAAGUACAACCCUCCUGAUCAUGAUGUUGUUUCAAUGGCCCGAAAACUACAGGAUGUCUUCGAGUUCUGCUUUGCUAAAAUGCCAGACGAACCUCCUGCACCUCCAAGCUCCUCAUCUUCCUCCUCCUCCUCUUCAUCAUCAUCGGAGAGUGAGCUUAGCAGUGAAAGCGAGGAGAGCGAGAGCAGUCCGAGCUCUGACUCUGAAGAGGAGAGGGCAAAUCGGCUGGCAGAGCUGCAGGAACAGCUUAAAGCUGUGCAUGAGCAGCUCACUGCACUCUCCCAAGGCCCCAUCGUGAAACCCAAGAAAAAGAAAGAGAAGAAAGAGAAGAAAAAGAAGAAGAAAGUAGAAAAAGAGAAACAUCGGAGGAUAGAAGAAGAAAUUCUGCCUAUUAAACCCGCAAAGACCCCGAAAAUCACCAAAACUCCAAAAACAAAGACCAACAACAAAGCAGUGGCCUGUCCAGUAAUUCCAGUAAAGAAACCACCAAGCAAGAAGAACAACAAGAGCAAAUCCAAAAAGGGAGCGAUGAUGUUCAAUGUGCCGCCGUCGGUCCACGAACCAAUAAUAAGUCAUUUUGACUCGGACGAGGAGGAGGAGACACAACCCAUGUCAUAUGACGAGAAGCGCCAACUCAGCCUGGACAUCAAUAAGCUGCCCGGUGAGAAGCUGGGCCGCGUCGUUUACAUCAUCCAGUCCCGUGAGCCCUCGCUCCGAGACACGAACCCCGAGGAGAUCGAGAUAGACUUUGAGACGCUGAAGCCAUCAACGCUGCGGGAGUUGGAGAGAUACGUCAUGACAUGUCUGAGGAAGAAACCUCGAAAGCCAUAUGCAAGUAAAAAGAACAGUGCAGGAAAGUCCCGAGAAGAGCUGGCUUUAGAGAAGCAAAUGGAGCUGGAAAGAAGGCUGAUGGAUGUGAGCGGGCAGCUGAACUCUGGGAAAAAGCCUCCCAAAGCUAAACCCGAGAAACCUGCAACAGAGCAACACACUCAACCGUCACGUCUCAGCGCCAGUAGCUCCUCCUCCGACUCCUCUUCCUCGUCCUCUUCCUCCUCGUCCUCAGACACAAGUGACUCAGACUCUGGCUGAGCAGCAGAGGGUUUCUGUGUAUAGGAGAAGGGUGUUAAAGGACCCUGGACACGUUGUUUUCCACCAAGUGGACUGAAUUAGAGCUACUGAUGAUGAAGCCGCAGGGCGGAUCAUAGGAGACCAGAACUGAGCGGAACUGGUCCGACUUAUCGAGUAUGAAACCAAGAAAGAGAGAGAUGGAGCGUUCCCUGUGCUCGGCUCACUCGUCCAGCCCAGUCUUGGACUCUGAUUGGACAGAUGGACUGCCGUUCUCUGGAGAACCGGCCUUAACUGUGCAGAGCGGGGGAGACUCCAUCUCCUGACAGUAAACGACGCAUGUGUUGGAGGGAUCAGGGUGCUACAGCCAGAGUCUUAUUUCUGGAAAUGAUUUCCCUUCUUGGCGUGCUCCCUGUCUUUAUGCUGUAUAAAUACGAUGUACAGUUAUAAAUAUAUAUUUUUCUUUUAUAAAGAAGCAUUUUAUGGAGCUAAUUUAUUCCCUCAUUCUGGGAAAGAAGAACUGGCGUGGGCAGAGUUGUUUUAGUUUUUGUUUUGUGUUUUUUUCCUGAGUGACAAAGAGGAGGGUAGAGGGGAAACACCUGUAUGUGUGUGUGUGUGUGUGUGUGUAUGAAUGUGUCAUGUAUGUUUGCAUGCACAUGUGUGUGUGUGCGAGAUCUGGCACCACAAGUGCAGCCUUGUGAAGUUCCUCAUAGUUUUGACGCAGGCGUUAAAUCUGUCUGCACGCAGAAGCACCUUGGUUCAAUAGACGACAGAAUGCAUGCAAUACAGAGGAGCCGACUGACAUCUGCUUACUCAUGAACUACUAUACUGCAUCCUUGUGUACAUGUUUAAAAGCCACUGUACAGAAAUGUGACAGUUACUCAUCAGUUUAUGCAUAAAUAUUUCUGUUCCCAUGUAGGCCGUCUUUUUUUUUUUUUCUUCAUCUUUUCAGUUUCUCUGUAAAUGUGUUGCUUUUUUUCUUCUUGUGACCAAUCUGCUAAUAAAUUGUGAGGACGUGUCUUGUCCACUCACCUGUGCCCAAAUAACAUCUCAUUUCUUUUUUUUUAUUUAGUUUUUUGUGUGUUUAGUUGUUUCACUUCAGUCUCAAAAUAUCUGAUUAGAUUUGAUUAUUUUAAGAGAAUUACUUUGUUAGUUCUGACAUUAAAUUAAAUGAAGCAUUUUGUUUUUGUUUUUUUCCCUCCAUCACUUAUAUACAAUAAAACAGCUUCAUUUUUAAAACAAUUUGGCCUUUGAGAUCUAUGGCAGCUGAAAGAGAUCUAUUUUUUCUGUAUUAAAUGAGUGUUGAAGAGUAAGUUUACUUAUUUGUGUGACUAAAAAGCAUCAGUAACACCCUGUUGGGAGGUUUUCAGCAGCUGUCAGUGCAACGCUUUAAAACUUGUAUGAGAGUUUCUCUUCAUAAUGGACUGCAGCUGGUAAAAAUGGAAGGCUUUCUGAAAUUUGACAUUUAGCCACUUUGACCGUAGACAGUUGUUUUAAUGUGUUGAGUAAUAAUGCACUGUUUGUUUUUGGUGGUAUUACAUUUGUGAUUUAAGUAAAGUGUGUAUCAGUUUUCUUUUCAUCUCGCCUUGGCUUCAGAUUGGAAUAUUAUGUUUAUUUAUUUAGGAGGAAUUUGAGUGAAGAUACUGUUUUCAUAAUACUAAAAAUCAGCUUUUAAGUCGAAGUCUACUCUGAAAUAUGCACAGACUCACUGUCAGGACUGUAGAAGUGUAAAUAUUUUACAGUCAGUCUUUGAGCAUGUUUUUUUUUUUUCUUUCAGUAACAUAGGAAGAGUUUUCAGCUUUGAGGAUAAAAUACUCUAGAGUUGUCAAGUCUUACUUUUCUCAAGUUUGUCUGAAAUCUAAAUGCCUCUGUACUUGACUACAUCAUUUCACUCAAACAUCUGUACAUAAAUAAACUGAGAAAUGUUCAACUUUU